AUGGGUCUUGGUGGUGGUAAUGGCAAAGAGCUAGAAGACACGACGGAGAUUAUAAGAGAUGUUUUAAAUGAAUGUGAAGUUAUAGAACCAUAUAAAGGGUGCAAGACAAUGUUGCAUGUGAAAAGAAUGGAAGAUGAAACAUGGGUUUUACAUGAAUUAAUCAAGACGCACAAUCACGAGUUUUCAUCAACAUAUGCUCACUACUUACCUUGCCAUAGAGGCAUCACAUCAUCACAAAAACAUGAUAUUAGCAUGUUGCAUGCUGUUGGUGUAGGGGGUAAGUCAACUUUAACAUUUGUUUGGUUAAUGAAAACUUGGUUAACUACCAUGGGUGGAAAACCUCCAAAUGCAAUCCUAACCGAUCAAGACAGGGCGAUGAAAGCCACUGUCAAGAUUGUAUUUCUAAAUACUAAACAUCGUUAUUGUUUAUGGCAUAUAAUGAGAAAGCUUCCUGAAAAACUCCCUCACGUGAUUAAAACAUGCAUGAUAAGUUUAUUGAAACAUUCCAACAAUGCAUUGUACAUUUGUAAGUCAUGGACAAGUGAACAAUUUGAAGAAAGGUGGCUCUCCGUGGUGGAAAAUUUUGAGUUAACAAAGGAUUCAUGGCUUCAAUCACUGUUUGAAGAAAGGGAGCAUUGAGUGCCCACAUAUUUGAUAGAUACCUUUUUUGCAGGCAUGUCAACUACUCAAAGGUCUGGAAGUAUUAACUCUUUUUUUGAUAAACAUGUGAACAAGAAGACUCUAUUGAAGGAAUUUGUUGAAAAAUAUAUCGUGGCUUUAGAGGAUAGAAAGGAAGGAGAAUGACAUGCAACUUUUAAAACUUGGCAUAAAGACCCCAUUUUAAAAACUUC